AUGCCUGCUGAUAGGCCUAGGGCGAAUAAUGCUAUUGCUACACCGAUUGCGAUUCCGCUGCCCACGGAAAGUCCAUUGUUGGAUGAGGAUGUAUUUGCCGGUUGUGGGGUUUGCAGAGAUGAGCUCGAUGAUGUUUGUGUUGAUGUCUCUGAAUCGGAUGAGGAUGUAUUUUCUGGCUGUGUGGUUUGCAUAGGUGACCUUGGUGACGUUUGUGUUAAUGUUGCUGAAUCGGCCCCGGACCCCAAGGUUGCUGUGGAUGUAGCGGUCAUAGAUGGAGUAAUAGAGGGAGCAGCUGCCGCCGAAGAAAAAACUUGCAAAUCACUUGCUUGCCACCAAAUGGGUAUUCCAUCACCGAAAAUGAUAUAUGGAGAUCCAGAUGCCCUGGUCGUGAGAGGUGUAUUGGCAUCAGUUGAAACCCAUGAAUUUAAAGCGUUUAGUGAAGGAUUAAUAUAG